AUGUCCAUCCGAGCUCUCAACCAGAACUUUCCCUCCUUGAACUUUGCUGCCAAUGCGGAAGAACAGGGCCCAUCUCACCCUUUCCUUUCUCCUCACGGUGAAGGCGACCAACCUUAUCCCAACCCGUGGUCUUUCCAGUCUGGAAACGGUCAAGCCGGCCGCCCAGGCCAUCCCUACAAGUUUCCGUGGGCCCAGGCCGGCGACGAAGACAAGGGCAACGAACCUAACAACGAAACCGGUAAUACCUCCGCUUCUCGCAAGCCAUACCCAUACCCAGGUCCCGCGGAAGGUCAUCCACUGUACACCUUCCCCGGCGCCUCUGAAAGCUGUAAACCAUACCCCUUCCCGGGCUACGCUCAACAGCCGCGCACCUACCCGGGCCCUCUUCCAUGGCACCAGCCGCACGCCUAUCGCAGCCUUGCGGAGGGUAGGAAACCAUACCCUUCCCUUUGGGAUGGGGGACCGAUUGCUGUUGCUGCCGGGGAGAAUUGA